CUGGAGAAGGGGCGGUGGAUUUGUUCUCUCCAAACACUCUACCUUUCACUUCCUCUGUGGAUUUUCUUUUCUUUUGAUUAACUGGAAAGCCGGCUUGGACACAGUGAGCUGUGAGAUCAUAUGUUACCAGGCAGGACACCUCAGUGUUCUACAGAGUCCUAAAAUGUUACUGUAACAAUAUGGAUAAAGCCUGACCUUACAAUACGCAGCACCUUAACUUAUAGCCUGAAACAGGACUUUUAACUGAACUUUUAUCCAUCUGGUGUUUCUGGCCCAAGGGGGUAAAAUAAACAUGUUCUACAUUGAAUCCGUCUGCAUGGAUCCUCCAGGAUUAGAAGGGUUACUUGAAUUUGGGGAUGGAAUAAGAGAUAAAACUUUAAGGUGAAAACCUGAGGGCUUGUCGUUGGCUUUCUUGGGGGUGGUGCUGAAGGACAGCGGCAGAAGCUCGGACUCAGAGAUGAACUUUGAAAGGAAUUCCUUUAUCCUGAAUGUUGGGGGUGCCAGAUAUUCCUUCUCCGAAGAUGUGAUCAAGGAUUUCCCUCUGCGAAGGGUCAGCAGACUUCACAACUGCUCCUCUGAGAAGGAUGUUUUGGAGGUCUGUGAUGACUACGACCAGGAGAGCAAUGAGUAUUUCUUUGAUAGGCACUCGGAGGCAUUUGGCUUUAUCAUGAUGUACGUGAAGUAUGGGAAACUUCGAUUUGUGCCCCAGAUGUGUGAGCUGUCCUUCUACAAUGAGAUGAUUUACUGGGGCUUGGAGAGUUCCAAUUUGGAAUACUGCUGUCAGAGAAGGCUUGAUGACCGCAUGUCUGAUACAUACACUUACCUGUCUGAUGAGAGCAAGCCGGAUGAGAGCACCAACAAGGAUGAGGUGAAAGAAAGUCCAGAAGACAAAAAGUGGCUUGAACGCAUGAGAUUGACUUUUGAAGAGCCAACCUCGUCAUUAGCAGCUCAGAUUCUGGCCGUGGUGUCUAUCCUGUUUGUCAUUGUGUCCAUGGUCGUACUGUGUGCUAGCACCUUGCCUGACUGGAAGACAGCAGAGAACAGGAGCGUGGAGGAGCACAGGUAUACAGCCAGUCUGUGGGAACCAUCGGGAAUAAUUGAAGCGAUCUGCAUAGGAUGGUUCACAGCAGAAUGCAUCGUGAGAUUCAUUGUUUCCAAGAAUAAAUGUGAAUUUGUGAAAAGACCAUUAAAUAUCAUUGACCUGUUGGCGAUCACUCCUUAUUACGUGUCUGUUCUCAUGACCGUUCUCACUGGAGAGAACCCACAGCUGCAGAGGGCCGGAGUCACGCUUAGGGUUCUGAGGAUGAUGAGAAUAUUUUGGGUAAUUAAGCUUGCAAGACACUUUAUUGGCCUACAGACACUUGGAUUAACUCUUAAAAGGUGUUACAGAGAAAUGGUCAUGUUGCUUGUAUUUAUUUGUGUGGCCAUGGCAAUUUUUGGUGCACUCGCUCAGCUCCUUGAACAUGGAUUGGACCUUGAAACAAAAAACGAGGAUUAUUCGAGCAUCCCAGCAGCUUGCUGGUGGGUGAUCAUUUCAAUGACUACAGUAGGUUACGGCGACAUGUAUCCAAUCUCUGUCCCUGGCCGGAUACUCGGAGGACUCUGUGUAGUCAGUGGUAUUGUUCUCUUGGCACUUCCUAUAACUUUUAUUUAUCACAGUUUUGUGCAGUGUUAUCAUGAACUGAAGUUUAAAUCGGCCAGGUAUGGCAGAACACUGUCAAACGAAUACUUAAAUUAAUGCUUCAGAGAUUUGACAGACAUUUGUUUUAUUUAUUUAUUUUUUAUUUUAUUUAUUUUUUACUUAAAAUCUGCACUACAAAGAACUAUACUUAGAUGUGAAUGCUGUAUCACAGUGUCACUGCAGGAAAAAACAAACAAAAAAAACUGAACCCAAAAGCUCUUUACUAUUUAAAAAAAAAUAAAAAAAAAUUACUUAAUUUGAGUUGACAACAGACUGAAAAAUUUUUAGCAGAAGUAGCAGAAUGGCAGAAAAAGAUCUAUACUUUUUGUAUUGUUUAAGUUAGAUAUUUUAAACUAUAUUUUGCAAUUUAGUGGCAAACUCAUCACAACUUACAGUGGUACAGAAAUAUUUUAUAAAUCCCUAUACUUAGGGGGCAACCUUGUCAUGUACCGGUAAUUGACUCUAAAAUGAUAAAGAUUAAAUGCCGUAAUAUGAUUUAUGGCCUGUUAUUAAUUCUUUGACACAACGACCAUUGCCAAAGGGUUCAUCCACAUUUGGAAUGUUAAAUGCCCAUAGACUUAAAUAAUUACUUGAUAGAUUUAUUAGAUGAUGAAGGAGCAUUUGUAAUACAUGCAGCACAAUUAUUUUUCUGGACAUCAGAAAAAGGAAGAAAAGCCGACAACUGAUCAUUAAUAUCAGCUCACAAAGUAGUUACUCAAAGUGAAUUUCAAAUUUAAGGCUAAAAUAUUUAAAUUGGAAAAAAUCUCUAAAUCUUGCUUUACUUUCGCCUACUUAGGCCUAACAUUUUAAAUUUACUUUGAAUUCACUUUGAAUUCUCCCUUUAAUAAAUAACUCUGCAAAUGAAAUGGUGAAAGCUAAAUAAAAUAAUAUUGCCCUGGAUUUUAAUGACAUACAUCCACGUUUUCUGAAAACUAACUGCGCAGGUAAAUUUUCUCAGCAUUGGGAAGCAUUUUUUGUAGUUUAAAAAGUUUGUUUUUAGGAACUUGGGUUAUUCACUACAAAGUGAGUUUUGGUGAACUGGCAAACAGUUUGGAAAACUCAAAUUAACAACAAACUCUUGAAUUGGAAAAAAAUUUUUACCGGUUGGUUAUUUAGGUUAAUUUUGCAACUCUCUACAACUAACUGAUCAGUAUAUAAAUCCCUCAAAUAAAUGUAAUUACAACUCUAUUCAAGCCAUGGUACGUCUAAAUACUACAUUUGAUAAUUAUUAG